GAGACUUCGGUUAAUGACCUAUUAUAGUAAAUUCUGAGAACGUGAAUAGUUUGCUCAUUUGAAAAUUAAUCACUCAAUAUGGGUUCAAGGUAGUUUUAUCAACGUGUUUUGCGAGUGUUUCUAAGUGAAAAACACUGCAAUUUUCCUCAUUUCAUGCGGUACCUUUAGAAGAUUUUUUUUUGAUGCGCAUUUCAAGUGCAGGGGACUUUUUGGCGCCAAGUUCACUGACCACGAGAAUUCGUUUUUCUUGUCAACAAGAAUUCCAAAUGUGCGGCAAGAGAUUAGUGAACAUAUACCUAAAAUUGAUCUAUCUGAAAGCCUUUUUUAAUCAUGCUCGUCCGCAUUGAAACAACGUGACACGCUGAAAAUAUACCACGUGGUUGGGUUGAGCGUAUGUGUGAGGCGCUUGUUAAAUGACCCAAUUUUCACGGUGUAUCAUCUAACACAUUUUACCCGUGCAUUGUUUCAUUGACCGAUAACAAGCGAUCUUGACCUUCAAAAAGUUUUUUUUUAGGAAAACCCAAGUCCAUGAGUUCGUUGACUUUUCUAACACCUCUUAAUUCCAUUUUGCAAAAUGUACCGUCAGUGUUGCAAUGUCACGUCAGUUUGAUGAUUAGAUUUUAUCGUAGAUCAAUAUUUAACAAGCGCAACGAAAAAGAUGACAAAUGCGUGUUUUGCAGAGGAAAAUUAACAAUCUAAGUUGGUGUUUAAAAAAAUAUAUUUUUAGACUGUAUUGGUGAAUAAUUGUUUAAUAUUUUGUUGGCACUUUAAAGAAAAUUGUUUCUUCAAACAUACAUUUAUUGUUGGGAAAUUAAAAAAAAUAUAUAUAUUCUCUUUAGUAAGAAAUAAAAUUCUUUAGCAAUAUUUGCUGGCGAUAUAAGUAUAAAUUUGGAGCAACAAUGCAUUUGUUUAAAAUAAAAAUUUGCAAUUUGGCAGAAAAUUGUCCUAAAAUUGGAACUUAGUAACGGGAUGUCGAAUUGAUAUCACAAUUAUAGUCUGAUAAUGAGCACAAUACUUGAAUAGGUAGAGGAUUGAUCUUGCUGGGAGGGGUUCAAGGACUCCCAAAACAUUUAGAGAUUGCGAUAGAAAACCAAUAAUGUCCAUGUAUUGGAAUUCAGAAAUAAUAUUCCAAUAUUGCGAUGAGAUCUAAAUGGUAUAAGAAUUGAGAUAAGUCAGUUGUUUUUCGCACAUGAAAAUAUUUUAUCUGGGUCACAAAAAUGAACUUUAUCAGACGUGGAGGUGUAUGGGAAAGAGCGCCAAAUUCUAUACUUUGUGAGAUAGCAUUCCCAGGAAGAGUUUCAAGUUGGUGGAAACUUGGAAAAUUUUUUCUUAACACAAACGAUUUAUGAAAUGAUUGGACACAUACACUAACUUAUCUAUCAUUGACAGAGCAAAUCACAAAUGGGUAGCGUUUUGUGCUACGGAUAUAAAUGCAAUAGGAGUGGAGGUCAGGGCGUUAGUAAAUUGCUGGGCGGCGUGCCAUAGACGUAUUUUGUGGAAGAAGAAUCCGGCAUUUUUAUUUUGUGUAGUAAAAAAGUAGCGCUUGGACACGACAAUUUUGUCCCUUUUCUGAUUUUCUUUAGUUAGUGUUUUGAGUGUUUUUCUGUUAACCAUGGUUGAUGUGGAAUCUAAGAUAGAACUGCCGGAGUAUGUAAAUGAGGAAAUCGUGAAGAUUGCUCAAAGCCUUGAUUUCCCAAAUCCCAAGUUCAAGGUCAUGAAGGGAUCAAAGAACGGUGAUAAUUUCUCUGGGGAUGUCUUCAGAGUUUUAGUAGUACGUGAAGAUGGGGUAAUUCCUGAAGAUGACGCUUCAGCAGACAGAUCCAUCUAUCAAAGAGAACUCCAUUUGUUCGUCAAACUUGCUCCACAAUCUCUAUUGAGGCGUCGUUUGUACAAAACUGUGUUGUGUUUUGAGCGCGAAAUGUAUAUGUAUGAUGUAAUUCUCCCGCGUUACGCUGAGUUUGAGAAGCAGUACCUCAGCAAAGAUGAGACAUUCCACAAUUAUCCCCAUUUGAUGUGUGGAAGUCUGCAGGAAUCCAAGGAGUACCUGAUCCUUAGUGAUUUGAAACGCGAAGGCUAUUUUAAUCCUCAUAGAUCAACGGGCCUAAAUCUCCAUCAAUGCAAAUUGGUUCUAGCCACAAUGGCCAAAUUUCAUGCCAUCUCCUAUGCUUUCAAAGAUCAACAUCCUGAACAAUUCAAUGAGUUGACGUCAAAGCUGAUUGAAACCAUGUUUGCUGAGCCAAUUCCACAGGAAAUGCAAGAUUUUCUCCAGAGAAAGAUUGCCUAUGGCCUCAGUACGCUUUCGGAUUUACAUGAUAAAAAGAAUAGGAACCAUUUGGAGCAAUUUGGAGCAAAUUUCGCCCAAAAUAUGAUAUCUUGUGUCCAUGUGAAGGAUUUUGGUGCCAUUAUUCAUGGUGACUCCUGGAUCAGUAACCUUAUAUUCCGUUUCAAGAAUAACGUAGAAGAGGAUGUAAAACUCUUAGACUGGCAACUUAGUCGACAUACAACCCCUGUUUUAGAUUUAAGCUAUUUUAUUUUCUGCUGCACUGAUGUGAACCUAAGGAUCCAUCUACCUGCCUUGCUAAAUGAGUACCACGAUAUCUUAAUUCGUCGCAUUGAUAAAUUAGGCAGUUCAGGACGACAUCUAUAUCCCAAGAAUAUUUUUGAAGAACACUGCAAGAAGUACAUGAAAUACGGCGUUGGCAUGGCUUUGAUGACUCUCCACUCGGUCACUUGCAAAUCUACUGAGAUUCCCAACGUCGUUGAAAUCAUUGAGAGUCAGGAUCUGGCCCAAAUUGACGCGAUUACAGAAGAGUUGGUCAAAAGGCCUGCCUAUAUCAGGCGUAUGUCCGGAGUUAUUCGAGAUGCCGUACGAUUUGGAUACAUUUAGGAAGGAAAUUUGUUGCGUACAAAAUUUGUGUUAUUUUACCCACUGAAUAAGUAUUACAUUACAUUUUACCUCAUACCUGUACAGGUUCAUUAUUACAAAAAUAGAUUAUUGUGCACAGAACUAUGGUUUUUAUACUUAAAUUCUAGAAUAUCUAAUCUCAAAAUAAAAUCAGUUUAAACAAA